CCACACAAUAUCGUGACCUCUCACUUCUUCCCCACCGGUCUGACACUUUGCUUUGCGAACUGGAAGGACGAUACUUUGCGAUCAUGUCGAGCUACAUAGACUUCAGCCAGCCUAGCUUAUGGAUUUCCAUAGCUAGCAUCGUGUUCAAUCCUACGUUUUGGAAUAUUGCUGCACAGCGAGAAUACCACCACAAAACCAUAACCAAGCUCUUCAACAACAACCCCCGCCACGGCUGCUACGCCCUAGCAAUAACCAUCUUCUCCCUCGGCAUCUUACGCGACUACCUCUACUCAACCGCCCUCUCCACCCAACCCCCCCACCCCACCCUCCUAACCCCAUUGAUAAAAUACUCCGCCCUCCCCCUCUUCCUCACCGGCAACACCCUAGUCCUCUCCUCCAUGUACGCGCUCGGCGUCACAGGCACAUAUCUAGGCGACUACUUCGGCAUCCUGAUGGACGCGCCGGUGACGAGCUUCCCGUUCAACGUGUCCGACGCACCGAUGUAUCAUGGUUCGACGAUGAGCUUCUUGGCUACGGCGCUGUGGUAUGGGAAGCCGGCUGGUGUGCUGGUUACCGGGGUGGUGGCGGCGUGUUAUGCGGUUGCGAGGAGGUGGGAGGAUCCGUUUACGGGGAGGAUUUAUGCGAGGAGGGAGGAGGGGAGGGGGAAGAAGAUGUGA